AUGACCCCCGCGUUUGUCCCUAGCAUUGGCAGCUUCGCGGUCCUCAAAAUCGAUGCCGUGGCUUCUGUUGCCUAUCUGGAUGACCUCGAGGCCACAGCUGCGGCUGCCAGGCUCGUCAAUCGGGACUAUGUUGUCUACGCCCUGCGUCCCGGUGGUUUGCCUAAUGCGCACGCUGAGUUUCGAGAGGCGCGGCCUGCAUUUAUCAUGCAAGGCAUCCCCCAAGAUAUUCCUGAAAGGUUCAUUGAAGCGGGGAUGUCAAUGCCUAUUGCCCCCCAAACCUUCAGUGUCGAUGAGCACCCGUCGCACCGUGAACCAUUGGUCACAACCCCAAAUCCAUUCCCAUGGCCGAACUGCUUUAUGACGAUCUUUACGCAUACCGAAGUCCGUUGUAGGAAUGUUCCGAGGGAAGAGUCGGUUGUCUGUGAGCUUGGCCAAGAUGAGAGAACCCGAUACCGCCAUUUCGCAGGGGAGGACGACGACCGACAGGGGGCCCUCAAAGACGAGCAAGAAGCAACAAAUUCGGAUGCUUCAAGCUUGCAAGAUAGCUCUGAGGAUGAAAUGAGUGUCGGUGUCGGCGAAGACGGUGCUGAAGAAACUCUCGACGAACCUGAGGCUGACGUGGAACCACUUAACGAGGACGAAACUGCGGCUUUCUUCCGUGAACUACUGUCCGCCGAAGUACCAGAGGAUCUCAUAACGGUCACCUUCUCGUACGACCUCCACCGGGUUAAAAAGUUGAAUAACCCACAACAAUAUUUUGACGAAGUCGACAGCAUUGCUGAGAUCAUCAAAGCAUCCCAAGCGCGCAAGGAUGCCACCAAAAUUUCAGUAGCCCAACGCAAUGCAGACCGCUAUGACGAUAAAACGGCGGAGCUCUUGCAGAACCACCAAGCUUCGCAAGACUCAGAUGCACCUUCCAUGACUUGUGAGACCAAGCCUUCUUUCCCAGAGCAACCACACAUUUCUGUUGGGCAUCGAAUGUCGCAAGUGCUUGUUCGCGGUGCACGUUUAGCUAAAACCCUUAUUCGUCGCAUUCUGUGUAUGUCUUCGUCGCACAAUCCGUAG